UGCGGCCGCCGGCUCACAGCAGCCAUGGCCCGAGCUUGGAGCGCGCCCUAUGCAGCGCUGCUGCUCCUGUUGGCGGUGGUAGUGGCGCCCCUGGGCAGUUCAGCGACAGCCGGCGAGGUGGUGCGCACCAGGCAGGGCGCGCUGAGGGGCACCAGCCGCGUGUCCAGCGAGGGCCGGCCCUUCCACGCCUUCUACCGCAUACCCUACGCCAAGCCGCCCGUCGGGCCGCUGCGCUUCAGGAGUCCUCAGCCUCCAGAUACGUGGACACACAUACGCGAUGCUACGACUCCUGGGCCAGUGUGCACGCAGUACGCAUUGAUAGUACCGGGACCGCCUCUCUCUGGCGCUGAGGACUGUCUAUAUCUUAACGUCUUCACCCCACAGCUGAAAAAUACAGAGCUGCUUCCAGUCAUGUUCUGGAUUCACGGAGGUGGCUGGGUUGAUGGUGGUGGAACUGCUUAUGGGCCAGACUUCCUAAUGAACCACGAUGUCGUUCUUGUCACAAUUAACUAUCGCCUUGGUCCUUUGGGUUUCCUGAGUACCGAAGACGCUGCAUCGCCAGGAAAUUUUGGCCUCAAGGACCAGGUGGCGGCUCUCAGGUGGGUCAGAGAGAACAUCGAGGCGUUUGGCGGCGAUCCCAGCAGCGUUACCAUCUUUGGGGAGAGUGCGGGUGGCGCCAGCGUGCACUACCACAUGCUGUCCCCGCUCUCCAAAGGUCUUUUCCAUCGGGCGAUCUCGCAAAGCGGCGUUUCCGUGACGCCUUGGGGAGUACCACGGCCUGGAGGUCUGCAGAAGGCGCAGAAGGUGGCAGCCUUGGUGGGAUGCCCCACGGAGCCCAGCGCGGCUCUCGUCGACUGCCUGAGGAGCGUGGACGACUACAAGAUCGUCAACACGACACCCCAGUUUAACGAGUGGUUCUUCAGUCCGCUUAUACCUUUCCGACCAGCUGUGGAAGGUGAAGGAGAAGACUCAUUUCUGCCCAAACAUCCACUUGAUCUGAAGCCUCACACAGCGGUUCCGUGGAUGACAGGUGCCACCCAUGACGAGGGGUACCUUUUUGCAGCGGCUUCCAUAGCAAAUGAACAGAUACUGGAAGAUUUAAAACAGGACGGAGAGAGGCUGAUUCCCCUGUCUUUAUCGUAUGACGGAGAGCCACAGGCAGAUUUCGUCACUAAGAAGAUUAAGGAAUUCUACUUCUCAAACGGUGAACUUUCUGCCAGCAAACUCAGUGAAUUGUACACUGACGGAUUAUUUAUCUGGAACGCGGAUGAGGCUGUCAGGAAGUACAAGGACACAGCGCCCGUGUACUACUAUCUUCUUUCAUACAGGGGAAAAUAUCGGAUGACAAAAGCCUUUGGAGGUGUAGAUCUGGACCUAGGUGUGGCCCAUGCGGACGAUUUAUUUUACUUAUUUUCGAACAACCCUUACUAUCCAACAUCUGGUGACAUGCCCGAGAAAGAUUAUGAAGUCGUUAAAGCCAUGACAAAGCUCUGGACAAACUUCGCUAAAACCGGAAAUCCCACGCCGGACAGCGACCCUGUGCACUGGCCCCGGGUAACUUCAGAUGAUGGGUUGGAGUACCUGGAUAUAGGAGAACAGCUGGAAGCGAAGAAAGGUCUCUUCCAGGAGCGGAUAGAUUUCUGGAGGUCGCUGCCUCUCCGGGAGACGAAACGAUCGAGUCCUGUCAAGGAAGAACUCUAACGUUGGUUCAAAUGGGCAUUAUGUAUUAAUGUUUAUUGAAGAAACUACGAAACAUUUCGGUUCACAUAACACUAAAUGCGAUAUUCAGCGAUUGUGAAUCAGGUUCUACUAUCUGAAAAAAAUAAGUGUAAUGAACGAAAACGUUCAUGGAAGUGUAUUCAAAGUAUUUGUAUUCUUUUUAAGUAUUACGUUCCACUCUGAGUGUACAAGGCACUGUUGCGUAUAUAAGUUUUUAGUUGUGGAAGAGUUUGUGAUUAUGUACCAAAAGAAAAUAAACGGUUUCGAAGCUGUCA